UAUGCAUUUCUUAUCAAUCACGUAGAAGACAUGACAAUGUGCACGUGGGUUUUUGGCCUUCUCAGUCUUCUUGUCCAUUUCCAAAGCUGUUUUGCUCAGGAUUCCAGUUCAUUUAAUUCCGAUGAAAUUCGCUUGUUGGAUAAAAGAGUCGGUCAGCUGGAGAAAUAUAUUGGAAAAGAACAGUUUAUUUCAGUCAAUUUAGACAGAACAAAUGACGUUUCCUCAAGUACACCCAAGAAAGCCAAAAAUUUUCCUAAUAUUCAGGAGAAUAAAUUUCCUUCAACAAGUCAGGAAAAUUCAGAAAUUAAAAAUUAUGAAGAUCGAAUUCUGAACUUAGAGACGACUGUCCGUGAACUAUCAAAGAUGAUUUCUAGACAAACAAAAGAUAAUCAACGUUUUUAAAGACUUGAAGCAAGGGUUGAGGAGCAAGAUAAAGUCAUUUUUGAUUUAAAAGACAGAUUUCUGAAGAGGAACAUCCUAUGCAAAAGUAUGAAAAUGAAGAAAAGUUUUCUGAAGGCAAAGGAAUAAAAGGAUUUACUUUAUCGGAAAUAGAUGACACUAGAAUGCACGAAAUGAGAAAUGGCCACAUCAAAGAUAACGAAGACAGAAAUACAUAUUCCGAAGGAACCAUCAAUAAAAAGAGAUUGCUUUCCCCUAUUACAACAACCUCUGGCUCACCAGCUUUAUCAAAAAUCGUUGCAUUUUAUGCCUAUAUGUCUCAACAUACGCAGUCAAUAUCUGUUCAAUAUCCUUUGAGAUUCGAUGUCGUGAAAACCAACGUUGGAAACGGAUACCAUUCCCCAACAGGAAUAUUCAUUGUACCUGAAAGUGGUAUCUAUGUCUUUUCUUGGACAAUAAGAAUUUAUGGGGGUAGGCGACACGCUACACAGUUAAUGGUAAAUACAGAUGAAGUAGGAAUAAUUCACACACACCUUGUAGGUGAUUCAGACUUCGAAGGAACAGGAAUUGUCGUGAUACAAGUCAACGCAGGAGAUGACGUCUUUGUGAGGGCACAUGCGUCCUGGAAUGUUGGUGCUAUUCGUAGCGACAUUGCAGGAAGAACAUCAUUUUCGGGAUGGAAACUAUCCUAA